CGUGGCACAUGAGGGGGUGGUGGGCGGGGUGAGUGAGCAGCGGCACACGCCCGCAACACGCGCCCCGAGGCCUGGCAGCCAGUGAGCAGCCCGAGGCAUGGCGAGGACGGCGGAGGGCAGCUGCUGAUUGGCCGGGAGCGGUGAGGGGAGGAGCAAUCACGUCAGCCUGCACCGCCAAGGAGUGCCCGCUGUACCCUCACUCGUCUGUUAAUUAACAUCAAUUAUGAAACACAAAACACCUGUUCAAUGCACACAGCUGCCCGGCUGGCCACGGCUGCAAGUUAUGAAUGCACGCUACCCUCAAGAAGGCGAGCGCCACCUAAGACGCAAGGAUGAGUAUGUCCGAAGACAGUGAAACAGCGGCAACCGGUGGCAGUGCCAGGGUGCCACAUCGUCUGGCGACACAGCGUGUCUCGGCAGCGGGGCACUGCGGCCACCAGUGGUUGUCGGUGUCAGUUCCUGCGUCCGUUCGUUCCUCCGCCAGAGCGUCAGGUAGAUCACUGCGUCACGUGUCCUCAGGUCCUGGCAGGCGUGGUGUGUUACCCUUGGUGAACGAGAAGGGUGGCCCCGCGGUGUGUAUGUAAGCGUGGUGCCGCGGCUGUGGCGGGACCGAGGGCUCCGGGCGGCGGCACAGCGGGCAGGGGAUGGUAAGCGCGUGGCGGCGCUCAUGAUGGUGCAGCGCGGCCUCGACGUGAUGCAGGGACAGAUGGUGGCCGUCAAGUGCGAGUACUCCCCGCCGCCCUACACCCUGCCGCUGCAGGAGUUCACAGACAUCCACGAGCCCGCACGGCGUGGUGCCUCGGGCUUUUCCUGCCUUAUGGAUGACCUAAGUCCGCGGAGCUCCUGCGGCCAGGAAUCCCAAGCAACCUCGGGCGAGGACGAGCCGCGCGGUCGCAAGCGACGGCUCGAGGAGGACUCGGAAGAAUGUCGGCUUGCCAAGGCGAGGAAAAAGUCGCCACAGAGCUCUGAGGAGCUGCAACAGGCGCGGGUGUUGGCCAACGUGCGGGAGCGGCAGCGGACGCAGAGCCUAAACGAGGCGUUCACGUCGCUGCGCAAGAUCAUCCCGACGCUGCCCUCAGACAAGCUCUCCAAGAUCCAGACGCUGAAGCUGGCCAUCCGAUACAUUGACUUCCUGUACCAGGUGCUGGACACCGAUGCCCACGACCAGCGCCUCUCCUCCUCUUGCACCUUCGUGGCGCACGAACGGCUGAGCUACGCCUUCAACGUGUGGCGCAUGGAGGGAGCCUGGGGCGGCCACCUAUAAUACAGAUGGAGGCUGGAGGAGGGACCAGGAGAAGAAGAGGCGGUGGGGGAGGAACGGGAAAUGGCAAGGAAACCACAGGAGGAAGACGAGGAGGAAUUGGGGUAUUGGAGGAGGAGGAGGAGGAAAAAGAGGAGGAGGACGAAGACGACAAAGAGCGAUACAUGUGAGAUACAGUGCCCAGUGAGACUACAAACAGUUACCUGAAUACCUUAUAGUCCCAUACGCUAUAGUGCCACGCCAUACUGUGCAAUGACUCAGUGCCUCGUGGUCUUCCCCGAGUGGAGGUCACGUGCCCCCCUCCGCUCCCCUGCCUCCCCCGUAACCAAAAGUGUGUCAAACCCCGGGGGAAGGAAAUUACCGCGUGGGGAUGACGUCACCUCGGGGCAGUGCCAGAACAGUGCCUCCGUCUCGGCUGUUAUAUAUGUAGUGUUAGUGACCUUGUGAGGCUAAGGCAGUGAUGUGACGAGUGCCAGUGUGUGUGUGUGUGUGUGUGUGUGUGUGUGUGUGUGUGUGUGUGUUGGAAAGUGGCACUGCUGUAAAAAGAGAGCAUUUGAGUGCCUUGAGUGUUCUUGGGGUGUAUAGAGUGCCACUGCCGUCCACCUCAGCACUCACCCACCUAACCUAACCUAACCUAACCUGACCUAACCUAAGCCAGUGCCACUCCUCGUAUUCCCACCCAAGUACAAGACAAGCCACUCACGCACAGCCAACCAACACAGCCAUUCAGCAAACCUCCUACAACACAGCCAUUCACUCAGCCACUCAGCCAAGCAGCCAACUCGUCCGAAUGUCAGAAAACCACGUAGGUCACUCCCCUCACUCCCAACUCUUCUGCGGAGCGACAUCACAGCCAGCCACCCAGUCAAGCAGCCACCUGUCCCUCCCUUCGCACCUGCCAGCCGUCCGUCCUCAAGUGUUUAAUUAGGGGUGUCUUGGCGGUGUCGGACUCCGUGGUGCACAUAAGCUGGCGACGUGAAGGGAAGGCGGCAGGUGCUGAGAAAGAGUGAAGGGCGUGGGUGUGAGUGUGGGUGUGGGUGUGUUGAUCUGUGGUUUGUGGAGGUUGUUGGGUUAGCUUGGUGCGGUUGUAAUAGGAUCGGUUGUAUUUUUUUUCAUUCUCUCUUUUCCUCCUCUCUCUCCUCUGUCUCUAAAUUUUGUACUUAAUAAUCCUGUGGGCGUAGAAUGUACUUAAAUAAUUUCGUUGUAAAGUUAUAUGACAAGACUCGGCUCCAGGGAUUUACUUGUAUGUACUUAUAGGAUGUACUUAAAAGAUAUGAAAUGGUGUACUUAAAGAAUAGCUGAUGGUGACGGGCGUAACGACACACACACACACACACACACACACACACACACACACACACCAACGUCACUAUAAUAGGCUAUCGUAAGGUUGUUAUAGGUUGUCGUUAGUAAUGUUAUGGAUCGAACACAAAGAAAACGGAGGUAACAUCACGUGAGGGUUGAGCACAAGAAAGAUUAAGUUGUUUUAUAUGAAUGUUUUUAGCAAAUUUCUUAAGACAGUUUCAUACAUUUUCACAUUAUUAUUAUUAUUCAGAUGUAUGAGUUUUGUGUUAUAUUAAUUUUCAAAGGCAUUUAUAUAUAUUCUUUAUGAUGUAUUUGACGAAAGAUUUAUUAUUAUUUUUCUUAGUGAUUCGAGUUUAGUUAGUCGUGUGAUUUCUUUCUUUUUUUGGUAACCUUUAUUUGAUUCGAUGGUUGGUCACGUGAUAUCACCUUCUCCCUGUCUCCUACUCUUCGUUUUCUUUAGUCUUUUUCAUUUUCAAUCUUUUCCUUCUUUUGCGUCCCCUCCCCCCCUCCCAGUCCUCAUGUCAUCUUCCCUUCUCCCCUCUUCGUCGCUAAUCAGAUUGUUAUAUAUUCCUUUUUUUUUUCUUUUUUUUCUGUUUCUAGUUCUUUUCUUUCUUUCAACUCUAUGCAUAUAUAUCACUUUAUUUUUUUAAUUUCCCCUUCUAGUUUUUUUUUCUUUCCUUUUUUUCUAUGCAUAUAUAAUUUAUUUUUCUCCUGUUUUUUUCAUUCCUCCUCCUCUAUUCAUAUAUAUCACUUUUUUUCUUUCAUUUUCUCCUGGUCCUAGUUUUUAUUUCCUUCCUCCUCCUCCUCAAUGCACGUUUUCCUUUCCUUUCAUAUUUUCUUCCUCCACUUUAUCUUGGCUUACGUUUAUGCCCUCCUUUGCCCCCCUUCCUCUCUCUCCCUUCCUCCUCUCGGAUUUUUAUAUAUCGCUCUUAAUUUCCUCUUACUUCUCUCCUUUCCAUCUGCCCCUUCAUUCACUUUCUCCUUUCCUUUCAUCCCUUCUUCCUCCACUUUAUCUUGCCCUACGUUUAUGCCCUUCUUCCCCCUUCCUGUCUCUCCCUUCCUCCUCUCAGACUCUAAAAAUCACCUUCUUUUAUUUCUUCUUGGUCCUCUUUCUUUUAUCAUUUCAUCCUUUUAUCCUUUCAUCCUUUCUUCCUUCACUGUAUGUUACCCUUAGUUUACUCCUCCCUCUCUCCCUCUCUCCCUCUCUCUCUCUCUCUCUCUCUCUCUCUCUCUCUCCUCUCGGCCUUCAGUUAUCCAGGAAGUCAAUAGCCAGGUGUAAAUACUAAUGAGGUGAGACAAUUGGUACAGGUAGAAUAUAACUUCCUGGAAUAAUGAUGCUGACGAUGAUGAUGAUGAUGAUGAUGAUGAUGAUGAUGAUGCAAAACUCAGGUACUGCCGAGAAUUAUUAGAACAUUUUCACUCUUUCUCUCUCUCUCUCUCUCUCUCUCUCUCUCUCUCUCUCUCUCUCUCUCUCUCUCUCUCUCUCUCUCUCUCUCUCUCUCUCUCUCUCUCUCUCUCUCUCUC